GCGGCGGGCGGCGGUCGCGGGCGGCGGGUCCUCGGGGCCCCGGGUGCCCGGCCGCCCCUUUUGCGCGUCCGCGGGCCGGGCAUGGGCGCCGGCGCGGCGGCGGCACGAUGAGCGGCUUGGGCAGCCCGGUGCGCGCCUACGACUUCCUGCUCAAGUUCCUGCUGGUGGGCGACAGCGACGUGGGCAAGGGCGAGAUCCUGGCGAGCCUGCAGGACGGCGCGGCCGAGUCCCCGUACGGCCACCCGGCGGGCAUCGACUACAAGACCACCACCAUCCUGCUGGACGGCCGGCGGGUGAAGCUGCAGCUCUGGGACACGUCUGGGCAGGGAAGAUUUUGUACCAUAUUCCGCUCCUAUUCGCGGGGCGCACAGGGCGUGGUCCUCGUCUACGACAUUGCAAACCGCUGGUCCUUUGAUGGCAUCGACCGCUGGAUCAAGGAGAUCGAUGAGCACGCCCCCGGUGUCCCUAAAAUCCUGGUGGGAAACCGCCUGCAUCUGGCCUUCAAGCGGCAGGUCCCCACGGAGCAGGCCCAGGCCUAUGCGGAGCGCCUGGGCGUGACCUUCUUCGAGGUCAGCCCUCUGUGCAAUUUCAACGUCACUGAGUCCUUCACGGAGCUGGCCAGGGUCGUGCUGCUGCGGCACGGGAUGGACCGGCUCUGGAGGCCCAGCAAGGUACUGAGCCUGCAGGACCUGUGCUGCCGAGCAGUGGUGUCCUGCACUCCUGUGCACCUGGUGGACAAGCUACCGCUCCCUAUGGCCUUAAGAAGCCACCUCAAAUCAUUCUCGAUGGCCAAUGGCCUGAACACCAGGAUGAUGCACGGCCGAUCCUACUCCCUCACUGCCAGCUCCACUCACAAGAGGAGCAGCCUCCGCAAAGUUAAGGCCUCCCGCCCACCCCAGAGCCCGCCCAAACGCUGCACCAGAAAUAGUUGUAAAGUCUCCUAGAAAAGGCACAAGACAGACACAGGCUGGAAUCUCCAGGAGACUCUGAGCAGUUGCACUGGGAGACGAGAGGCCAUUCUAGAUCCAAGAGACACCUCCCAGUGGUGACCAUACCACUCCCCACAGUGAAGCCCGUCCUGUGGUUCGACUUUGAUGUUUCUAUGUGGAUGUGCAUGAAGCUCCUAUUUUAGACUUGUGUUUAUAAAGGGAAAGUUAGUUCUCUGCUCAACUCUUGAUAACAUCAAAUUUUGAAUGUCACUUAUAUCAUGAUUGCAGUGUAACUUUUUCCUUAAAAUAACUGCUUUUAUAAGAAUGGUGAUAUGUGUGUGAUGAGUAUAAAUUCAAGGGACUCUGAAAAGCAAUGAUAGAUAAAUUAGAGUCAUCAACGUGAUGAGAGGGGCUUUUUGUAAACCUCCUUUUUCACAUCAAAGCACUAAUUUAUAAAAUGCUGCAGACACAUUAGAGAUUAUGCACAACAGAUCUGUCCGGCUGUGCAUGAAAUGGGUUUGAUAAAGCGUUUGCUAUGUUAUUUACUACGUUUUGGGAUUAAUAAGUGAUUUAUAUGCAUAUUUUUCUGUAAAUCUACAUUUUUUUUUGUAUAAGAUGUUCCACAAGUUAUGAAGCUAAGGGAAGAAAAUGCCAAAGAUAUCUCUUGUUAUAUUGAACACAGCCACAACAUAGGCACUACAGAUGCAGACUGGCAAGGAAAGUGUCACUCAGAGCUGUUUCGUAAGGAAUGAAGUGAACACUAUUAUUUAAGAAAAUGUUUCUCAACAAUAAAAUGUGUACUUGUUUCUUGG